AUGUCCUCCGACCAAACAAUUACGAUUUGCUGGUUGAGUCUUGAUCAAUGUAUCUACGACGUCGUCGACUCUAGUUUGGUUGCUCCCGUGGUUAGUCUAGUCCUGUAUGGUAAGUCGCUGGAUACGACAGCACUGGACGACAUACCUAAUCGUAUCAACUAUUUAGGUGGAUAUCUCAUGCUCUUUGGCGCCUGUAUUUGUGUUCUGAGACGCAAACCGGAUUCACAACGACGCAAUUGGGUCGUCAUACUUGCACUAUUCUUAGUAGCCAGCUGCGGCCUAGGCUUCAACGUCGCUGCAUUCUUCACUAAAGCCAAAUUCCAUCUGGUUCACGGGACAACCCCAGUAACCGUAUCCCGAGAAGGAGAAAUAUUUAGUCCCACCACCGCUCAGCUUGGAGAUGAUAAAUUCGUUGCGUUAUAUAACACUGGGCAAUCGGCGCUUGCAACGCGCAACUCAAAUUUGUACUAUAUUGGCCAAUAUCCUGACGGAUGGAAUUUUACUAUGGAGAUGUUUCCUGAUUUGGAGCGGAAAACUCCGAAUGGUACUCCCACUGCUCUUCUUUUGCGUGGCAAACAAUGUCAUAGGAAUCGUCAAUGUCGCGUUGUUACCCAAACCUCCGGCACCUAG